GGGGGGGGAGUGAUCGCGCGAUUCGGUGCGGUCUCGAGGCCUUCGGUGGGGGACGGCGGGGGGAAGAGCGGGCGCCUCGCCGAUUCGGCAAAUUGCGAUUUUCGGGCAAUGUGAAUAGAGCCCUUGCCUUUUCUGCGCGGUAUCGUCGGAUUUGGGGGGUCUGGUUCGAGGCUUUUUUUUUUUUUAUGGUGAUUCGUUCGUUUUUGUGUCGGUACGGCUGGAGCGGAUUUUGUUUCUGAGUUUGUCCUGUUGGGAGUUUCGGAUCUCGGAGGAUCGCGAGGAGAUCAGCGGCGAGUGUUCCAAAUCGAGCAAGUCAUUCGGCGGGAUGCGUUCUUGCGCUUUGUGGAUCGGCAAUCAGGAAGGGCUUUGUUGCCGUUUCUGGAUCCUACAUUGAGGUAUAUCGAGCAGCAAACCCUGCGAGGCAGAGCGCUGUCGACAGCCUGGGAGCCUGGUCGGUGAGAGGGAGAGAGAGUUUUUUUUUGGGGGAGAUGGGUGGCGAUUCGCGCGCGUGAAGGAGGAGGUCGGAUUUUGAUCCGACAUGUGCAAGGUGGAUAGGAGCGAGGUGAAGAGCAAUUCGAGGGAGGCGGCAAAGAAGAAGAGAGGGAGGUUGGAGAUGGGGUUGAAGGUGUUCGGGGAGGGCAGGGUGGAGAAGCUGAGGAACACCAUGCUGCCGCACUCGUCCCGGUCGCGGAUGAAGGUGUGGAUGAUACGCGCCACCACCACGGUGUUGCUGUGGACGUGCGUGGUGCAAUUGACGGCCUUGGGAGAGACGUGGGGGCCUAGAGUGCUGUUGGGUUUGCCUUCUUGCCUGUCUCAAGAAUCUGCGCUUUUGGAUGAUAAGGUUUCUGCAAUUCCUGCCAGGGUAUUGCCGCCCAAGCGGGUUUACAAGAAUAACGGUUACUUAAUGAUAUCAUGCAACGGAGGACUUAAUCAAAUGAGAGCAGCGAUUUGUGACAUGGUCGCCAUUGCAAGGCAUUUAAAUGUUACACUUAUAGUGCCUGAGCUGGAUAAGGCAUCCUUUUGGGCCGAUCCCAGUGACUUUCAUGACAUAUUUGAUGUCGAUCAUUUUAUCACUUCUUUGAGAGAUGAGGUUCGGAUUUUGAAAGAGUUGCCUCCCAGGCUCAAGAUGAGAGUGGAUCAAGGAUUGACCUUUCAAAUGCCACCGAUUAGUUGGUCAGAUAUUUCUUACUAUCAGCACCAGAUUCUUCCAUUGGUACAGAAAUACAAAGUUGUAAAGUUGAACAGAACUGAUGCUCGACUUGCUAACAACGGCCAGCCGUUAGAACUUCAGAAGCUACGAUGCAGAGUGAAUUUCAGAGCCCUCAGAUUCACCUCUCAGAUUGAAGAGUUGGGUAGAAGGGUUAUCCAACUUCUUAGGAAAAAUGGUCCUUUCCUAGUACUGCAUCUAAGAUAUGAGAUGGACAUGUUGGCAUUUUCGGGCUGUACGCAAGGUUGCAGUGAUGCCGAAACAGAUGAAUUGACGACGAUGAGAUAUGCUUAUCCCUGGUGGAAAGAAAAAAGAAUAGAUUCUGUCCAGAAAAGGAAAGAUGGUUUAUGUCCAUUAACUCCUGAAGAAACUGCUCUUACUCUGAGGGCCCUGGGAAUUGACCACAAUAUCCAAAUCUAUAUCGCAGCAGGUGAAAUAUAUGGUGGCGAAAGAAGAAUGGCGAGUCUUGCCAAGGCUUACCCUAGAUUGGUCAGAAAAGAGACACUGCUGGAAGCCUCGGAUUUAAGAUUUUUUCAAAAUCACUCUUCUCAAAUGGCUGCCCUAGAUUAUCUGGUGUCAUUGGAGAGUGAUAUUUUUGUUCCUACCUAUGACGGAAACAUGGCUAAGGUUGUAGAAGGACAUCGCAGAUAUCUUGGGUUCAAGAAGACAAUUCUGUUGGACAGAAGGCUUUUGGUGGAGCUGAUAGACCAGUAUAAUGCAGGAGCGCUGAGCUGGGAUGAGUUCUCAUCUACAGUGAAGGAGGCUCAUGCAAACCGAAUGGGGAAUCCGUUGAAGCGUUUGGUCAUUCCAGACAGGCCAAAGGAAGAGGAUUAUUUCUAUUCCAACCCUUAUGAAUGUUUGCAGCCAUCAGACAAUCCCUUGAGCAGUAUAUGAGCGGUUAGCACUUGCGAUGCUGCCUAUUCCUUAUAUCGUGCUUCUGCGAUGCUGUCAAUUCUUGGACAUAUCUUGGAUAGUGCCAUGGUGCUUGCGAAACGUGCCACUCUGAGGAGAUAUUGUAAAGAUCUAGAUAAGGGUCCGGAGUUCGAAAGAAGCCUGAGAUGUCUUGUGGAAGCAGGUGGAGGGAAGAUUCCAUCCUUUAUAAGCAAAAUAAUUGAGAUGUAUAGAAGCUGCCCCAUGAAUUACGGGGCGAGAUCGCGUCCGUUUGGUCCCUUGUACAAGGAAGUUGCAAAUAUAGAUUUGUUGGGAGUGAAAAAAAAGAAAUUCGUGAAAGGUAAAUCACACAGUCCUCUCCUCCCGCUCUGUACGUCUUUCUUUAGUUCUUUUGUCCCAGCUUAGGGAUCAUCCUCUACAUAAUACUUUCAAAAAAGUUGAUUUGUUCAUACUCCA